UACAGAUAUUUUCAGAGCGAUACCCUGCACUAACAUUUAGCGACUACACUUUAGUCGUGCCAUUAUACCCGAAUAUUUCCGAGAUUAGCAACAACAGCAACAACAAGAACAUAACGAAGGAAGAACUAGAACUACAAGAAUGGAAUCAUCGAGAUUCCGCCGCCGCGUGGCGGUGUCGUUGGCUUUGGGCGCCUCCGUUUCGCGUGGUUGCACUAAUUUGAUCGUAACCCCUGGCGCAAGUGUAAACGGAAGCACCAUUUACUCCUAUGCGGCGGACAGUGCUGGACUUUACGGCACGCUUGGCCGCUAUCAAGCGAAAAAGAAUAUCCCUGCAGGUACAAUCAUGUUCUCUCAUUCCUUGGAGUCUUUAAGAUGAUACUGCUGCUCAUUAGAUGACAUAGACCUUUAUCGUGAACUCAAGAAACUGAUUACGAUUUCAUCAGGUCGGUUGCGACUGCGAGUGGUCUUUUGCUUGUUAUGGAUGUUUGUUGUUAUCGUCUGAUCCAGAAACUACUGAAAAAAGUAGCGGAAAAAAAAUCUACUUCUAGGAGGAUCAAGGGUAUUAAAACGAAUCUCAAUCUUCUCAAUUUCUUCUUGAAGACUUUGAUGAACUACAACUACUUCUCCGUAUAUUUAUUUUUCGCAACUUUCUAGUACUCUUCAUCAAUCACCUUCAUCAGGCACAACCAAGGUCAUUUACGACUGGGAUAGUGGGAUGUACCUUGGUGAUAUCCCAGAGCCCAGUGAGACGUAUGAUGUCGUAGGAAACAUGAACGAAUUCCAGCUGACGAUAGGGGAAACAACGUUUGGUUAUGAGUCAUAACGAUAACUUAUGACUACUCAACCUCAGGCUCAGCUGAGAGUACCAGUACUUAUUAGGGCUCAAAACCUUACAUUCACAAGACCACCCUUAAUUAACGCUUGAAAUUCCGAAUUAAUUUUUUAAUUAUUUUUUUUAUCAUAAAAAAAUUAAUUUCAUUUUAUUUCACAUGGUCCCUAAUGGUAGAUGAUAUAAGUAUAACCUGGCAAUAGUAUGGAAACUACAGCAUUCUACGACGGUUUUGAAAAGAGUACCCAGACAGUGCCACACAUCUCUCAUUCUGGCGGAGGAGGCGACUAAGCGUGGGCCGCGAGCGUCCUGAAUGCUCAUGGGCAGGAGCAGCCGCACGCGCUCCGUCCCGGAUAACCACAGCGAAUGGCGCGCUUGCAUGCGGUGUUAAUUUUGGUUGGUCGUUGACUCUCUCUAGCUGUGGGAGGUUCCUCGCGAUUUGUAUGGGGCUGAGGAGUUACUGAAAUACUUCAUACGGCAAUGCGUGGAGUGGGUCUGCAGGUCAAUAUCUAUCAGCUUUUGCUUUGGACCGUUGUAUAGCCAUGUCGUGGGUGCCGCCCUCUCCUACCAUUAAUGCAUAGCCGGGGAGCGACCCAAUCGGGGCGGCAAACUAGGUCGUGAGCGAUAUCCGAGGCGGGUACAGCGGCACGGGCCGAAGCAGUUGCUUACUUCCAUUACAUGGAAAUAAGGAACUCCCUUGGCCGGCCAGCAGGGUUCUUCAUUUGCCCUUUGAUAGAAUAAUAUGGAACGCAGUGCCCUACGUUGUAGCCUUGGCGGUUUGAUUUCGGGGCAACUGUGCUUUGAGUCCAUUUCUGAGGGCAUUUCUAGAGGCCUCCUUGGAGGCCUCAAGGCGGCGCUCGUCGCGCGGUGACACAGACGCGCGCUUGUGCUUUGCGGUCAUAUUUUGGGGCCGGGUUCCGGUAUCCACACAAGUGGCCUCGUCAAGGCGCCAGUGCUUGGACUGGCGCUUUGGUGCCAUUUCUAGUAGGCUUGUCCUCGAGAUAUGGCGGCGACAAGUGCUUUUGUGGAGGCGCGAGUGUCUUGAUGAGUUUGUCACAGCGCAAAAGCGGCCGCCUGUGCUCUGAGUAGCGGCCCGGGGUCAGCGCAGCCCUAGCCACUAACGAUUGCGCAGUCUUGUCACCUUUAAGCGACUCGUUUACUUCACCAAGCCAUUCUUGUUUCGAAGCAGCCACCUCAUCAACAUAUCAACACUGAAAUACUGAUUGUUGACUUUCAUUACUCGCCUCAAACACCCUUGCAGGGCGGGCGGCAUUUUUUCGCGGAUGGUUGGUGACGUUGUUGUGGUGAGCGUUGGCGAGGAGCAUGGUGAGGGCGUGUCUUGGCCGGGUGUUGUGCUUGAUGAAUAGCUGCUAUAAGCCUGCACGACGUUCAUUGGAGUUGUUUUUGGUCGUUUUUUUUCAGCUGUGGCUGGCGCCGCUGAGGCUCUGGCGCAGGACGUUGCGCUUUCAUGCGCUGGCGAUAUCAAUGAGGAGUAUCUUCAGAUGCUGACAGCUUCAUCAAUGGGCAGACGUCGCAUAAUCUGCACGAGAAGACUACAAGAAAGAGCACAACGGCAAAGAGCUAUACUGUAGAGCAGCUUCAACAUCUACUAGCACUUGCAAGGCUGGCGGACAGCACACCUCACGCCCUGUGCAGCUACAGCAAAAGAAUCGCCAUGAACUACAACGAGAUGCCACUUCGUUUCUUACCAGCAUGCACUGGGCUAAUAUUGAAAUGAGUAGUGCAGCUCUUCCCGUCAGCUUCAUGUGCGGAGUGGCAUGCCUAAGAUUGAUGGAGAAGUGGCGAGGUGUUGAUAGUAGCGUCGAGAAGCUACAUUCAAAGUGUAGCGCCAUUUCAGUCCGAACCUUCUGAGCGUGACGACGAAGCUCUGCGACGCCUGACCAUGAGAUAUCUGGCGCACAACUUUCUUGAUCUGUCUACCAGUACCAGUAUCAUCAUGUAGCAACGGAGGGCUGUCUGACAGCGAGGGCAUGAGCACUGGCCUCUGAGCUUGUGCAGAUAAGUGCAUCAUGAUCAUCGAACGUUUCAGGAAGCAAAAGUCUAGGCCAUAGCGAGCCUAUGAAAGGCAGGAGAGUCUCUGAGAGGGAGAGAAACGAGAGCACUAGAGCGAGCGUGUGAAGAUCAUGGCGCAUGUGUAGUGCAAGAAAAUCCAAAGUGGCAAUAUCAUACUGAAAAGGACAAAAGAGGCUGCUACUUAAUAUUGUAGUCGUGGAGUUCCAUUCUCCGCAGUGCGCUUAGUGUAGAAGGGCACUCAGAUCACCAAUGUAAAAACAAAUCCUCACGCUCCUUGAACGCAUAGGGCAAGAAUCUCCAAAUAUUGGAGUCACCUCAUCAAGUCCGUCUACUAACCUCCUAUGCCUUUUCCGCUUUGCUACGUGGCGAUGGCCUCGCCUCAUAUGGACGCGCAGUCUGUUACUUCGAGUCUGGGGCCGUCUGCUUCCCAAGUCGUUCUGUCGGUCGCCCCGAAUGGCGCGACCUCGUGCGUACAACCUGGUGGAGGCACUCUGCAGCUUUUGCAGCCGAAUGUGACAGCUCAGCAGAUGAGCAUCGCUGCCGCACCGACUGCUCCAGCCAUCACCGGGAAUCCUGCACGUGGAAACCGUUUCGACAUCUCGAAGUCAGGCGAGCGAGCGCCUGACAAUGUGCAAGCGCUACAGGGGCCAGAUAAUAAGAUGUCUAAAGGCCUCCACAUGGUGCGCGAUUCCCUGAUGGACCACGCUCUUGCUGUCGCCUUGCAAGACUCCGCUCCGGUAUUUUCUUGCUUCUUUAGAAUAUUUAGAAUUUCUGGCUCUAGAUCUUUGGUUUAGAUUAUCUACAUUUGCAGGAUGUUCUAUGUAGUUUGUCGAUGGCAGUGCAACUUCGCUGAUCUAAAUCUAAACUUAUCGACUCAAGGUUUUUCCUUUCCUUGCAUUCGUCCUGCUUUCCAGACGAUCUUCCAAAAAUCUAAACAGACAGCAGAGCUGGAUUUGGUUUUAUCGACGCCUGGCCGCAAGGCCAUUGCGCUCAAGAUUGCGUCGGGGUGGCCUACGUCUGCUUCCUUGGGUACGUGGGUGAAGACAGCAAGUCAGAUGCUGCAGCAGAUCCAUAUGAUGACCGGGAAGAAACAGUGCAGCUACGACCAGUCUUGGGUUGAGGUGCUUACUUAUCUACUAACUUCGUGCUAUGCCGUUGUGUACACAAUCCAGAGCAGACACACCUCACACGACUACGCCUCGUCUUGAUUUUGACAUGACUACAGCUACAUCAUCUCGACCAUCGCCAUCAACUUCAACAGGUUAUCGAGGUUAUGAAGAAGCUCGACGGGAACAGCGACAGCACGUGUUGGCGUUAUUGGUUCAGGCUUUUGCAAGACGAGCUUGGUGUGACUGAUGAGGACGAGGUCAACGAGAGGUGGAGCGAAUGGAUCUCCGCUCGUCCAUUCCCCGCCGGCAGACCCAUGGACCUUUCUGCCGCUGGGUACACACCGGAGCGUGGUGCGCUCAAUGCACCACGCAGUAAUCGAUCUUCAUCGAGUUCCAGCGCUGCGCCCAGCAUCAUCUUGCAAGUCCAACAGCCCGCACCUGUUCCGCCAGCACUACCGCCAUCAACCGCGGGAGGGAUGGGUAAGGAGAAUACAACUUCACUCAAAUGAGCAGUAAGCAUGAUAAGUUGAAACUCGUGUCAUCCUCAUCCAAGUGCAGCGCUUCAACAUCACUCAUUUUCAUUCUGUCGAUACCCAUCACAGGCUCAGCACCCCCGGCAACAUCUCCAGUCUUCACACCUGUUGGGCCUUUCAACGUCAAUGGUCCGUCGCGAUCUCCGCCUGUGCAGACCUCUGCUGUUGAGGCUGACCCAGAUGAGAAACGGCGUGUGAGUAUUGUCGCGGACAGGUACGGGGCCCGACCGUCGCGCAGCUGCAUCAACUUCGGCAACAUGAACAAGAACGCGACGACCACAACAUCGACUACACCUGGCGCAUUUCCCGGAGCUGGAUUUCAACACCCUGAACCUGCACCACCGGCGCCCCCUUUGCCCGUCAUCAUUCCGGAGGACGAGUUCACCAAAGAGAAGGCUCAGCUAUUUCGCAACGGCACGUACGAGCCGUGGGGUUCGAACGAGCGUGAGAAAGCGGCCUGGGAGGGAGAGAUGAUGCGCCGCAUCCGCGCAGCGAAAAUUGCGGAGACGAGAGACAAGCAGCACGAUGCUCGCACGGGCAAGCGCUCGUCAGGAGAAGCAGUUCACAAGCUUCGCAGCGAGAACAAGAACACUGCACACGACGGAAAGCAGAAGUCUCAUGAUCAGCAGCGCUCUGGUCGCGCAACGCGAAGCGGCGGGAAUGGAGGCAUCUUUGAUAUAUCAGUUUAGAUGCCUAGAUAACAACUUCGCUGCACUCACUCUCGUUUCAUUUAGAUGUUAUCCGACAGCACUCUUCCAUCUCAAGGCUGUCAUCGCGACAACUGGGUCUAGGUUAUUUCAUUGAAGUUCACUCCCACCUUCCAGACAAACCUUACCCAUCAAACUAACACAUAGGUGGAACUGGAAGUAGCAGGGCCGACUUCGACAAGGUAAAUUCGCGCAGCGGCAGUCUUCGCCGUCGUUCUUACACGGGCGAUCCGUUGACUAAGGGAGAGCCUGAUCGAAAGCGUGGGCGCAGCAGUACUACACAUUUGAUCACUUGCUUACUAAUCGAUCCCGUAACUGUAGAAUGCCAUAUGCUGCUAGUAUUUCCCACUUCUUCUAUUAUAUAAAGCAGAAGCUCUGUUAUUAUAGACAUUUCCUCUCUUCUUUUCCAAGUGGGUUCUUUUUCUCAUCUCUAUCUUCUCGCCCCCAGGUCGUGACACCGGAAUCGCAAAGGAUCGUGGGGAUUCCCGUGCUCGAAAGCGUCACUCAGGACGUGGAGAGUCGCGCAACGAUGGUUCUAAACGAGGGGCGUCUGCAUCGGCAGCGUCUACUACUCGUCGCCCUGGAGACCAAUCCACCACGCACCGAUCCGCCGGAUCCAGAUCUAUUGGGCCUUCGACACACAUGUCGGCGUCGGCCGUUCGUGGCUGGAAUGACAAGGCCAAGGGCAAAGAGACCGCGUCGCGUCGUGCAUCUCGGCAAGAACCUGACUCACCACCUGCUGUAGAAUCUAAGCGCGACGCCAGCAAGCACAAGGCCUCCAACAAGAACGGGGACAAGCGUGGCAACAGUUCUCCGCUUCCGGCAAAGAGGCGUCCCGGACGACCGCGCAAAGAACAGAAGGAUGACAUAGUGGACAAGCUGGCCAGGGACAACAAAGGUUCUACUUCGAGUUGAUUUGUCUUAGUGUGUUUUGGUGUGGAACCACCCUAGAUGAAAAGAAAUGUGGCAUAUCUACAACUCUAACUCUCGUUCCGUCAGAUCCUUCUCUGUAGGCUAUCGCUAUUCCAAACGCCCCAGAUUAUUCUUCGAUGUGAUUUCUCAACUACCCGUCCCAAACCAGGUAAGCGUGAUGACACGUCCACCAAGAAGGGGCCUGGCCGUCCUCAUGGCAGCAAGCGUUCAUCUGGUGAGAUGAAGAAGGGUGCCAGUCGCAAGGCCAGGUCGACCAAGCAGAAGGUUUCGGACGUGGAACUGUCUGAGGAGCAGGAGAAACUCUUCGAGUCUGACUCUGGAGCAAGCGGUGAAGACAUUCCGAGCGAAUACUCGGCGCGGUACGACAGCGACAUCGAGGACUCUCUGUACGACUCUGCAGCAGAGGAUCGUGGCGGCAGCGCUGUCGAUGAUGAGAACGAUGAGGCUGACGCGGCUGAGCCGCCGUCCGCAUCUGAGCCGGAGUUCAGCGGCGAGAACACGGCGUCAGACGAGGAGUUGUCAGGUCGCUUCAGCGAGUCCAGCGGGGAGGAGGUGUCCAAGCACGCGAAGCGCCGCCGCCGCUAAGAUGUGGACUUGAGGUGGGGGACGGGCGGCUCAGGGGUUGAGUCGUCCGUGGUGAAAGGGGUGUAGUUUCUCCACGUAAGAAUUUAGAAGUUUCUUGAGGAGUCUUCCACAUACAGUUGCUUUUUUUGAUAGAUCCAAGAUCUCAUAGUAUUUUUGCUAGGAAGAGCGUGGAGAUUAGCCUUGUCAUGUUUUGCUUGUUGCAGAUCACAUCAUAGCCACACUUUGGUUGUACAUAUGUUUUUUUUGAGUGGGCCUACUUUUCAAUGAACAGGCAUCCGCCACGACAUGUCUCCAUAGCAGCAGGCAAGAGCAUGGCAAGGAAAACAUGAGAAGAGGGCCGCAGCAACUUCUGCGAUGGGCUCCACUUGGGCGCGACUCUGUCUUGCUGAUUUCUGAGUAUGGCCCGUUGUUCCUGACCUCGUUUCUGUGCAUGCCAUUACGAUCUGGCCUACAUCAUGCAAGCCGCUCCUUCUCGGUCAGCAAGUCCUGGCCUCGAACAAAAGCGAAAUGCUCGCAGCUGUACUUCUAAUCGCCAAGGUUGUUGUCGGGUCAUGUUUACUCAUCCAGACAAGUGCCGCGCGUCUCCUCGUCGUGCUCUCUUCGCCAUCCGCUAAGUGUCGUCAUAAAGACUCUUUCGCUCCACUUGUCACCCACUGAGCUUUGCUUUGCGCAAGUGACGCACCGAUGUCAUACCACUCGCCAGCGACGGCUUAGUUCAUUUUUUUCGAAUUGUGCAACUAUCGCACUUUGUUCUAUCGACAAUGGCUGACCCCGGCGAUGCCGGCGGAGGCGGCGAAGGCCUCUUUGAUGUCGCACCAAGAGACUACCGCUACAUCUACAGUGAUGACGCAACUUCUCUCUCCCUCGAGCUCGUCGACGAUGCUCUUGGGCGUCCGGUUAUCGCAGCAGAGACGAAUCCCUAUCUACUCGGCUGUCCACUUGGACAAAUCUCCACAUGGCGUCAUCGUAGUAAGACAGAGCAUCCAUCCUUCUGGCAGGAUCCAGCGACUAACUACCAGCGCGCAGGAACAAUCAUGCAACAGUGCCGGAAGAUCUUCGUCACAAAUAAAGUCCCCGAGUGGACUAAUAGAACAGUGUACUGGCAUAGAAAAAACGUGAACACGAAAAGAGAAGAGAGCAUCAUUUCGGGGUCGGCUCAUGUCCAUACGACGAGUGUCGGCUUAUUAGCUGAUGGCACUGGUAUCGAUCUAAUGUCGCUCCCACUGAUGCUCCGUGUAAUGUGGAGUCGCGUGGCUUCUCUGCGUGCGAGUCGAUAUGAAGAUGAUCCGAAAAAGGCAGGCCGUCUUGCAGCGUUGGUGUACGCGAAGGUCCUCCUAGAACCACUCGUGAAGAACGACAUCGAUGCGCCGAUUUAUCCGGGUGUCCGCUCAUCUCAUGGGGCCGACCUGUCUUUCAUGCAGGACUUGUAUCAUGAAGGUGCACUCCGCGACUAUCCUGGUAUCCGGUGUCACCUUUAGACUUCCAUCAGGAUCACACGUGUUAGAUUAUAGAUGAAAAGCUCUAUACUCAUGCUGCAGGUCAGAAGUUUGCCUGAACUCCAAAGUACUCCUUACUUUCAACAUACCAAACUUGAAAGCUGCAGAUAGGAGGGUCGCAGGCGGCUUGGGGGUGGUGUCCUACUAGUCUAUCAGACUUGGGGUAAUCUAUAGGAGUUGAUCCUUAUGGGGCGCGCUGGAAUCAGGCGCGUUCCAAAAACUCCAGCACUCUUCUAAAUUUUCUAAAGUAUCUAAAUUUAGCCCUUCGCUUUCCAUACGCCUAGACAUCGGCUUACGGAGUAAGUAGGGAACUCCUAGAACUUAGAUUCUUGCCGCUCCGUAUAGUAGCCUGGCGAUUAGUUGCUCAACUUGUGUAGUGCGGUCGCUAGGUCAGCUUAAUGUGAAUUCUCUAAAUUUUCUAAAUAUCUGGUGUCUCGUUUAUCUCAAGCAUUCGCAACGAGUCUGCCCGGACGGCUUAAAAGUGUUGCUUUUGUCUCAGUUAAUUAAUUAUUGAAUAAUUAACUAAAUAAUUAAUAAUUAAAUAAUUAAUAAUUAAAUAAUUAAUAAUUAAAUAAUUAAAUAAUUAAAUAAUUAAAUAAUUAAAUAAUUAAAUAAUUAAAUAAUUAAAUAAUUAAAUAAUUAAAUAAUUAUUAAUUAAUUAAAUAAUUAUUAAUUAAUUAAAUAAUUAAUUAAUUAUUUAAUUAUUUAAAUAAUUAAUUACUUAAUUGAUCUUUAGAUCGCACUCCUCUGUGACCCUUUAGAUCACACUUUAGAUCACGCUUUAGAUGACGCUUUUUUUCUCUUCUUGGUUUCCCUUUGUUUCUACUUUAAGCGACGCUUUAGAUGACGCUUUAGGCGACACUUUAAAUAGCCGUGCUUGUUGCCACCGCCACAUCGUGGGGGACGGCGGUGGACGGCGGUUGGAGUAUUCAUAUUUAAAUAAUAACUAAAGUGGUUUAAAAUAGGAUUUAGAGGAUUUUGAUUUGGGACUUCGAUGAUUUUGCUACUUCGUGGAUAAUUGACUUUGGGAAGCCUGCGACCUGCCCUUGCCUCCAGCCUUCUUGAACUCACAUCACGCUAAGAUGCGCUUCGUGGUGAAGUGGGAAGUAGCUUCAUCACUAGGCGCUCUCUUGUCUCUUCUUUUUUCAUCAGGAAACCGGCUCUACGUCAUUGACAGUAGAACCGGUUUGGUUUUUUCUCCUCAUCUCCAAAUCUUACCUGCUCUCCAGGUCUUUUUGACGCUGAUCGGCUAGUUUCUGCAAAGGAGUUCUUGAUGACGGCGCUCAUUUAUGGAGAGGCGACUCUUAUCGAAAAGAUCGGGAAGACUUUCGAGAAAGCGUUCAUGAAAGUGAUGACGCGGGCGGGAUUCAUCUUCUCCAGCGGUACUAUAGGACUACAGUGGAUAGAAGUAAGUACGUAAGGGCAUUGCUCUUGCUAGUUCAACGCAACAUGUUACCUGCGCUAAGAACUUCCCUUGAGAGUCCGCAUUUCUAUCAAAUUGCAACAGGUUGGAAGCGUGUGGAGAAAAGGGAGGUUUCUGACCCUGACGCGCCAGGGAUCAUCUACUACAGCCCUGGAGUAGCACCCAUGAACUUCGCGGGACGUAUCGAGUGUCUAGGAACUCAUGAUACGUCAGACGCCAUGGCGAACAACGCAAAGCAGUAUCUUGUUUGGGGCCACAUCAUGGUGCUAAUGGCAAUCAAAUUGAAGGAGCGCGUGCAGAAAAUAAACCCGGACUAUGAGGAUAAUCCGAUCGGGUACUCCUCUGAUGGUGUGAGCAUUGGGGGCAGAAAAGUGGAACAGGUGCGGUUGAGGGGCAAUUUUUUUCACGAUGGCAUCUACUGCACCGCUACAAUGCCACCACUGGAAGUAGCGCAGUUUAUUAGUGCUGACAUCGAGAAGACGAUCCGAUCAUCUGACACCUACAGCAAAGCAAUGAGCAAGAAGAAGAAGCAUCAGAUAUCAGUCACAGUAGAACAAGCGGCCAUUCGCAGGCGCAUCAGCUACAUGAUCAGUUCCUCCGUGCUUGGUCGCGAGCGCGGCAUGCGAGUCAUGGUCGACCGCGGUCCUGUCCAGCGCCUACCAUGGUUGUGGGCUGCAAUAAAUGGACUCAAAGUCCAUGUUGACUUCGACGGUGCGCACAUUUGGUCUGGUGAUCUACUGGAUUUGGGGAAGCAGCUUCUCCCGAGGGAUUUCGACCGGAUGCUCAAGAUGAGAAGUACAGCAGAUGGCCAGCAUAGCUGUAAAAUGGGAGACUACUUUCGUCGCUUCGCAGAAUUGGAGGAUGAUGUUGUUUCGGAACUAACGCGUGACGUCGAGAACCAGAUGCGCAUUUCUAUGGGAGUCCUCGAGUGUGACGACACCUUCUACGAACAGGUCAAGCGCAAGGCAAGCGACAUGGUGGGAAAGAUCGCGACCUUUUCCAGCUCGGAGCGUUUUGCGCAAUAUGUGUACGCAUGCAAGUUUGUCAACCCGAACUGGGACUUGUUCACCAUUUGCGUGAUCGCGUUGUUGCGGAAAGCGAAACCGGGCUUCUUUAAAGUCUCAGCGACUCGAGUUCUCGAGGUAUGCACGCGUGCAAACGGUCAGGAGUUCAUCAAAAUGUCUUACAAGGAGGGAGACAUGGCGUUGAUGCGCCGCGUCGUGCGACGAGAUGACGAUGCACAGAAUGCAACGGGUACUACAGCUGCAUUUGAUAGACGGUCUCUCCCUUGCUUGGUGAUCGGAGUGCUGAGGGAUGGAUGUGGAGAGCCUGUGCUUCUGUUGUAGAUGUAGCUCUGAAUCUGAUGUAGCUCACGUUACAUGGUGUUGCAUGCGUUUCACAUUCACCCUCUGACUGAGUCAUUACUCAGCUCACCAAAUCACUCAUCGGCCCAGGUCUCCUCCAGGAACCGGUUUGGAACGAGCGGGAGAAGGAGAUCGAGAUGGCGCAAGAGCGUGGCGCCAUGCUGAAUUUCUAUGCUGGUUUUAAUCCGACGUUGAUAAAAGCUGUUGAGAAACCUUUGGAGCAGCCGAAUGAGUCUGGCGAUUUCUUUGGUGAGACGAAGCGUCGGGCACAGGAGAAGAAAGAUGCUGAGCGACGCCAAAAAGAGGAAGAGGACAGGAAGGUGAAACAGCUGCAACCGACAGAAAAGGCUGUCGACUUAUCUCUCUUGGCCGUCUUGUGCACGCUAUUCACUUCGCUGGAGUCUCGCUUGCGUGCUCUCGUCUACGACACGGUCUGCCGACCUAUCCUUUAUUUUCAUGCAAUCGAGAUUCUUCAGAAUUGGCGCAAUCUUCUGGCUCGAAAGGCCUACUGGGCGAUGCAUCCGUCCCUUCUCAGCGAGAUUGCUUACAUCUUUCGGGUUGAUGUCAUGCCUGGAAGGCUUUAUCUGCCGGACGCGAAACUUCUACCAGGGCACUACGUGGCGAGUCUGGUUGGGUGUUUCGUGGACAAGGUAUUAUGUAGAUACUCGCUGGAUCAAUUUGUGACUCUCUGCCCCUUUGGGCUAGUGACUUCGUCUCGAAUGUUUUCAAUGUAGGACGAAUCUUUCUUAUCUGGUUGCUUCCUUCGACUUGUACUUCAUGAACGACCGUGACUUAUUGCCAGGCAAUGGCAACGCUUCUGAGGACCGCGCGGCAGCGCAUGUGCUUGUGGAGCCGAGUCUUUAUCUAUGCCGACAACGAACAACUGGGCCUCGGACUGGGCGAGCUUUGUCAGUGUGUGAAUGGCUCGCAAAUAGGAAAGAAGUUCGAGUGGAUCCUGAAGGAGCCGGAGUCGUUUCUCUCACCGGAUGAGGGACACCCGUUGGCAUACGGUUUACGACCACCUGUGUAUGUCCAUGACAUCGUCUCCACCCCGGAACUGCCCAAGACGGAGCUGGAGUAUCCUCGUUGUGAGGGAUUUACGACCUUCACGGACCGGUCGCCAAUGGUUUCGGCAGCGCAGUUUGAGGACUUGCUCCGGCACCAACUUGGGCGCGUCGUCAACUCUACUAGUGUAAUCGCGCAGAAUCUGAGGUUCUACCUUCAUCGCGAGCAUCAAAUGUAUUGCGUGGCGCAGUUUCACCACAUGCUGUCUCGUAACGAGCUCGUCGAGCUACGAGCAUUUUUUGACGAAGUGGCAACGCUGUGCAGCUCUGGGAACGCGAGACAUAGAGGCAAAAGGAGGCGAUCUUAGCCGGGCUGCGAAGCGCGCGUGCCAAAUUGGUGCGUUGACGAACGUACUAUCACCCGCUUCAUCUCUCCUCUAUCAUUUUUGACACGACACAGACCAUGAGGCUUCGGAUGACUAUAGUAAGGAGCAUUCUCCACACUAAUGAUCACGCAGUCAGAUUAAUGCCAGACCGUCAUAACCUGUAGCCAUCUUCUUGAACAAAGUGGAUGGGUCACGAAUCUCUUUCAAACUCCACAACAGAAAAACCCAUGGUAUCUCCGCGAAGUGCUGGCCCCAACGUGGUUGCCAGCAUUGCGAGCACAUAAGGAGAACGUUAAUAAAGCACGGCGUGUGGGAACGAAGGAAUCUUUUAGCGCGUUUGACGGGCGGGAGCCUACCAGCAAGUAUGGUUGUCGGAAUCUCGAGGAGCUUUUCAAGUUGGUGUUCCCCGAUGGAACGGCGCUCGAGAAUAUCACGACUGGGCUAGCGUCUAUCACUGACAUUGAGGACUUCCUCCGCCAGUACAUGCCAGAGAGCGAGAGCGCCGACAUCAUCGAGGACUGCAAGACGUUCUUGAAGAAGAGGCGACCCGUGCAGCUGGACGAGAUCAGGGAGGAGAUUCACAAGUUGUUGAACCUCGAGGGGGAGCAACAUGGGCUGACAGAGCUUGAGCUAGAAAGCUUGGCGGACUUUCACUUCGACAUGAAUACGGUUAGCUGGAUACUAGUAGCUGAGUUUCUGUGCUAUGAGCGCACCGAUUUUCUGUGCUCGACUGACCGCCGCGAUCAUCAUAUGUGGAAGAUUGGCCGAUCGCACACAGUUGCUCUUGGCGGUAUUCUGCAGAAGAACCGAGCAGCGGGAUUGCCGACUGUUCUGGUGGUUGUUACGGCAGUUGAUGUUAGGCGAUUUCUGGUGCAGGAGGUGUUUGUUCCUCUGCGAGUAGCGACGAUGGUGGAGUUAGUGGAGGCUGAAGAAAAGACGAAGGCAGCUGCGCCCGCAAGUGCUGACUCGAAGGAUGGCGCCAAGCACUCGCGCAAAGGCGACCAAGCUGAGAAUGAGAGCGCGGGCUUGGCGCCGCAGGCGGUCUCGUCCGGUAGUAGCUCGUCUUCUACUAGAGUAGCUCGCGAUCCCCCAGCAACCGCAUUGCUUCUCCCCGAUGGCGAUCCCAUGGUGGGCGACGACGUGAAGAAAUUCCUCAACCUCAAGUCCACGACGACAGCAAAUCUGCAGGGUGGAGGUACUACCCAUCGUCGUCUUUUGUUCACUACGACUAGGAGAGUUGUCUUCUUGCUCUCGUUUCAAAGGAGUCUUUGUUGAAUAGGAGCUCAAGUUAGUAACUUCAUCGUCUCACUGAUUAGCUCUACUCUCACUUAACUCUCAUGCAGGCACGCUGGGAGGUAUCAGAGGUGGGGCUGGUGAUGGUGCUGAUAGUGAUGGAGAGUCCUCAGCGGAGGCGAAGAAUGAAGGUGGUGGUCUUGGUGGUGUUGGCUGGGGCAAAGAUGCGCGGAGAUGGCAGCUUCCUGUGGGACGUGAGGCUUACGCGUUUCCGUUCCCAAUCAUCAACGGCGAAGCGAAGAAGUCGAUGCUGAAGUGCUUAUAUCUCCCGUCAAGGUCUAUGCGAACGGUGAUCGACGCGGGUCUCGAGUAUGUUCGAGCUGAGCCUUGCAAGUGGAUGAGCGCGCCAGGCUUGGGUGAGCGCCACCAUGAUGGCGCCUGCUGCAUUGCCAAAGACACGAAGCAGCGCGUUCUUCCACUUCUUGAUGCUGCUACCAACGCGGGGUUCUGGUUGAACGACAACUAUUUGAAGGACAACAAGACUGGCCGGGCUGCUCUUUUGAAAGAGAGCUGCUGCAUGUUCAUCGCGGAGUUUCCGAGUACUCUGAAGCUGCUGUCGGGUGACGAAUUUUACCCGAUCUGGGACGACUUGACCAUCGAGGCGCCGCAAAUCAAUAGAACGAUGGUUGCAGAUGUUGAGGAGGCUCCGUACGUGGCUUAUGCGGAUGAUGUAGUGGAUCCAAUGGAUGAAACAGCCCUCAAGGAAGGCAGAGUGAAUUCCGGCGAUUUGAAUGGCGCGCUUGCAGCAAAUGGUGGCGCGGCUGAUGGAAGCGGAGAGCGACUCCUUCCAGCUGCAGAUGACAACCAAGUGUCGACGAAAAAGCGUCCACCCCUGAUUCCGAAGGCUACCAGUCUCAUGACGGAACGACGCAAGCGCAAUGAUACAGAGGCGGACGCGCUCGAGAAGGAACUGUUCGGCGACUUAAACAAUGUCGGUGGCGGUAUCAUCGAAGAUCCUUUCGGCUACGACAACGUCGACGACGUCAAUGCUGGCACUUCGUCUUCCUCUGCUGCGCCGGCUGCGAAGGCGAAGGCGAAGGCGACGGGUAAGUCGCAGAAGGAGAAGGUGAAGAAGACUGGCAAGGGCAAGACCAACGCCGAGCGACCCAAAGCGAGUAGGUCGGAGUGGUUCGGCGCGCGCGAUAGUGAUGAGCCUGGCGUUUGUUCAAUGUACCCGGUAUCAGAACCAAUUCAGGCUAUCAAGAAGCAGCCGGAACUGAGUAAGUUCUUCGACAAACAUCCGGGGCUGAUCGACGUGGUUGUGACACCGGAGGAGCGCAUGACGAGUGAGGAGCUGGAGUGCCACUGGUGUGAUUUAUCGCGGUUUCUCCCACACUUGCAGCAUAUCGGGCAGAGCCAGUGGAUAGAGCUAUACUACAUAUGCAGAUACGGAAUACGCGAGGGAGAGAAGAAGCUCUUGGAGGCGGACUUCUAUCCGAUGGGUACGAUAAAGCUGCCAGGACGUGGCCAGGGCACUGUGACCGCUCCUGUUUCGACGAUGCGAGCUACUGGUGAGGGUAUUCUUCUGAAGUUAGUAAAGAAGAAAUACGAGUCUGAUGGAGCUAUGCGGCGCGUGCAUGGAGAUGACAUCAAUCCAGCCACGGUUCGUGCCAACGCGGCAGGCGGGGACGUGAGCACUACGGUGGACCCGGCGAAAUUCGCUCCAGGCCCCGUAGCGCACAGUGACAAUCCUGCGUUGAAUGCGUUGCAAGGUCGACGGGAUAAUGAAACUAGUGCGGUCGUAAACGACGCCCAUCCUGACAGCGGCCCGGAGGCGGUAUCUAAGUUCCUACUCUUUUUGUUGUUAAAUGGUGGAGUGCAGUUCGAUUGAGUCGUGGUGCUUUUGUCUGAUUGAGUUGCUUCUACAUUCAGAAACUUACACUUUUGACAGGUGAGGCAGGCCGGCUUCUACAAUGGAAGAGGUGGCGUUGACAGGGGCCGUCGCAAGAAAGAGGACGAGCCGCCAGAAGAGGGAUGCGUUGUGGAUGGCGUUCGAUGCGAGUUUGACCCAUGGUCGUCUGGGCUGCAUAUCAUCCAUGAAGACAGGCGCUCGCGAGAGGCUGUGAAGAAGGAGCUGACAAAGAAGGAUGCGAAUGGUCAUAGCAAGGCUGACAAGGCGGCAGUGCGCUUCCACCGACAGGACCUGGAUUUAGCGGAGUUGCACAUGCGAGACCUAGGCAAGCGCACCGAGAUCAAGACGGCGUGCUGUAGGAAGAGAAUGGGAUACUGCUGGCGAUCUUGGGUCACGGGAAACGGCCCAGCCUUGCUCUUCAAGCUCGAAGCGGAUGACACGCAGCGCUCUAAGGCGCUCGGCCCGGACUCGCAUGUUCGUCGCCCCGGCAAGCCAGCGGAUUCAUCGUGGUGUCUGUGUGGCUACUGGCAUAGCAAGGAGCUGUGGACUGACGACACAUGCACAGCACGGGUGGCACCGGAUAAACUGUGGCGCUGUGCCUGGUUUCAAGUGGAACAGAUGUUGCACCAAGACGAUGCAGCGUGCUGUGAGGAGGUCACCUCCAAGCAGCUUAAAUGGGAAAAAUUGCCGCGAAGCAUGACGUUCAAAGCCCGAGUUCUCGUGGCUGAGUGUUGAGUUCGUUACACGUGUUUUUUAAAGUGUGAAAGAAGGCAGUACUAUUCGAGAAAAUUUUUUCGUGUCUAUCGUUUUCCAUAUAGCCACUUGAUCCUGAUACACAUCACUUACGCGACAUUUUACAACUGGUGCGCAUUAACAUACUUCACCGACUACAUUUUCAUCCCGUUCCGAUUCAUGAAAACUCACAUCGACUCUUUUUUGCAGUGUUUCAAUUCAUUGGCAUACUAAAUAAUACGGGCAUACUAAAUAAUGACUUACAUGGCGAACCAGUCUGCUUCUCAACCCGGCAUCUCUCUCAGAUAUGACAUACUAGCACUCAUUAUUUGCUCCACAAGCCAAGCAAUCCCAUCGUUUUUCUUCUUUCCAUAUUUAUUAUACCAUUUCUGGAUAGUCUAGCGCUAGUCUUUUUUCGAGGGAGUCACAUGGGAGAUGCGCACACUCUGACGAACACACAGCCGACACACUCUGAUGAGCAACACAGUACACGAUGGACCGACCAUUUUCUAUGAUGGAGUAUGCUUUUUUCUAUGCAUGUAAAUGCAGACUUUAUGCCAGUAGUUAUUAAAUUGUGUCACGUAUACAGCGUGAAGAAGGCCUGUGGAUAAGUGUUUGGGAUUUCUGUGUUUGAUGAAGGACUGUGGAAAGUUGCAGUAGGCAAGUGCUCUGCAUUUCCUCGAUGUGAUUCAAAAAAGGAGCUCGAGGUGUCCGAGCAAUAUGGUGAUCUUAGUAUCGGCAAAACACUGCUGCGGGCUAUUUUAAAAUAUUUUUUUUUUGAAUUUUAAAAAAUAUUUAAUUUUUUAAUAAAGUAUAAAGGAAUUUCAAGGAAUGUUGGUAAGAAAUGUAAUGUUUUGAGCUCUAAACUUAAAUCCAUCUGAAUCUCAAGGAAGAAUGUCAACCUCAAGCAGAACGAUGUUCGUUGAAAGAGAUAUGUCCCCUCUUAAAAAACCUCCAUUUUUUCAAUUUUUGACGUGAUGCUUGCUAUUCCUGUUGUAUUGCUAGCACAUUCUUUCAUUGAAAUCACUCAACUUCGCCCUCUCCAUUGCUUUUUGACUUGAUGCAGCCAGUAUUGCUAGUAUCACAUGGUUUAUGAAAAGAAAAUCUGUUAUCAAUAUCAAGUUUCUGAAGUAGAAAAGUACGAUAAUGAUAACAGAUUUUGGCUUCACAUGGUUUCAUUGAGAUGAUCCCAACCUCUGCUAAUCUCUCGGCGUUCCCUCCUUGUGCAAAGGGCAGAAGGGGAGCGUGAUGGACUACGGAAACUUGAUCUGGACCACCCUCCAGAGAGCAAAAACUGUGCAAGAAGCGAUCCAGGUGAUGGCCGGCUUAGUUUACGGCUUUUCUGAAUUCAUCCUCUGCACAAGGAUCCUGGAACAAGAUGAAGGGCUUUGUUCGAAAAUCAACCUUAAGAGCCCUGGAGUGGCUUCAUUGCCUCUUUAGAUGGUUUCGCACGACGAAGUCUAAUGAGUGGAGAAGCACGGCUAUGUAAGUGAAGGUGAGAGUUUCACCCUUGCGGAUCCGACAGAAGUGUGGGUGCUGGAACUCAUCGGAAAAGGAGACUUGGUCGAGGGCGAGAAGUUAUGGAAACUAAUUCUGUACUACUACAGGUGUAGCACGACCACAGGCGUGAAAUACACAGUAGUUCUAUUGUUUUUGAUUGCUACGGUUUACUUUCCGCUUCUUCACCACGACUAUGAUUGCUGCAGCCAAGACGAGAAACAUUAACAUUCCUCUUUUGCACACCAACAUUCUUUUCUUUUUCUAACUCAUGGCGCCGUCUGGGUUGCGAAGAAAAUCCCUGAUGGCCAUGUUGCGGCUCACGCCAACCAAGCUCGUAUCACUGAAUUCGACAUGAAGGAUAGCGAGACAACCCGGUUUGCACCAGACGUUGUGGACUUUGCCGUAAAAGCUGGCCUGUUCGAUCCGAAAGCUGGGAAAGCUUUCUCGUUUUCCGAAGUGUACUUAUGGACGACGAGGUGCGAUUUUCAUCUGAUGUAAGUAGCUUGUUCGUAAAGAUCCAUCUAGUACCAGUAGACAGUAACAUCAGACGCUACAUCAAGAUGAACAUGAUCCUCAAGAUAGACAGUAACAUCAGACACUACAUCAAGAUGAACAUGAUCGUGAUCCUCAAGAAAGGAAUGUAAUUGGAGGCAUAAGAACAAGAGCCCGUAACUAGCUGUAGGUUCUUUUUCUCCACUAGUACUCGUCUCCAUCUACUCCAACUGGUGUCUAGGUCUAGUACUCCUCUAAGAAAAGACCCAAUCUCCUUCGGUGGAGCUCGCUGGUCCGAUGCGCGCGUGUGGAGCUACUUUUCGCAAGUAACUAGCAUCCCCGAUUUCGCGAAGACAUACGAAAAAUACGUUCUGGGUGAAGACCUCUCCACGCGCAUGCCACUCAGUGUGCCGGUGAAGAAGAAGGUAUAUCUAAAAUUAUCCAUGGAUUUGGAAGAUAUUAGAAUGAUCGCAAUCGUGGUUGUAAAUUGCUGCUUCUUGUGACCUAUUGAGUAUUAGUUUAUCAGGUUGUCGCAUAAUUGUGAAUUCAAUGUAUAAUAUCUGAGUGGUUGUAACAGAAGAUCCAGAAGAUGUCGACGUCUCUGGUGCUGACCUUCGAAUUCUGUUUCUACUGCAGCAAAUUUCACCAUACCACAACAUCACCAUUUUUUUCAGAUUGCUGUCCGAGAUAUGAUGCAGUACAUGAGAAAUUCGUUUGAGAAUACGGUGCUCGAUAUGUCUGCGGACGUCGGCAUGGGUCCGUGGCGUGCGCGAUACCGCGAUCGACCUCUCUCGUGGACCUAUCAGGGCCAGACGUAUGUUAGGAAUGGCCACGGGGUUUACUUGACGUGUUUGAUCAUGAGUUAGAGACACCUUCCUACUAGUACUACACAGUUCAACAUGACGCAGAGAAUCACUCAAUAUGUUCUACAAGGAGGAUCUCCGAGUGGACACGACUAGAAAGUCGCUGCAUAUUCAAAAACCUCCUUAUCCUUUCUCCUUUCAUGCUUACCAACGAGCGCUCGAUCGGAACUCAGCAGACCUCAUGGCACUUUGUGGCUGAGAUGCGAGGCUGGCUACCUGCGGACGUCGGAGGCGUCUUCUGGUUCGGUGUUGACGACGCGCGUUUCUCUGUCCAUGUACCCUUCUACGCUCACGUCAAGAUACCGAAAUCCUUGGCCAACCCAGGAAGCAAUGGUGCAAAGGGUCAGGAUGAUUAAGGCGAAGGGUCUGCUACUGCUUUGAGCUUUGCCUUUGACUUAAGUACUUACAAUGAAAAAUUCGAAUUUCUUAUUAUUGACAUCAUAGACACUUGUUACUUUGCUAUUGCUGCACUAUCUUUGGAAUCAUCUUCAACUUCGAGAGCUCCUCUAAGAAGAUGAAAACCUGCUCAUGGGAGUAGAGAACGAAGAUAUCUUCGAUGAUGCCGACGAACACGAUGACCUUGGAAGUAUUUUGGACGGGCAGCUGGGAUUGGGAUUGGAGGAGUCAAGUAUAGGACAGCAGUUUGAUAAAGUAAUCUUGUAACUACAACUAGAGGUGGUAGAAAUCGUUAGUAGCAAGAACUGACGGAGAGGGAGAGGGACGAUGAAAUAAUUUCAAAAUGAUUAUAUUGCAUUAUGCAUAUAUAUUUAUAAGAGAGUGCAUCUGCAUACUUAAGCUUAUGCUCCUUCUUUAAUUUGAAAAAAGUCCAGUGUUGACAUCGAGCACUUCAGCUUCCAGUCGCUUUGGUGGAUCAACAAUCUUGUUGCGAAUCGCGUCUACACCCAGUGGGACGUGAUUGAACCGGUGGUGACGCCAGCAGUGCAUGCCUUCGAAUCGGAGUUUUUUGGAAAGCAGAAGAAACUGGAAGAGAAGGCACUGGAAAUUUCAAAUCCAAAAUUAAGGCUCGUUGCGAGUUGACCUGUAUCUAAGAGCAUAGCUUCGUUCUAUAACCUUUGCAGGUUCAACUUCAAGUUCAAGGAGAAAGAGCAAAAGGAUAGAUUACAUGCGAACUAGUAGAAGAUAGGUCAAUAUGCAACCCCUAACAAAGCGCCGCAGUCGCUUCCUCUCUCGUGCGAGCAAUCAGUAUACGAAACUGGUACUGAAAAAGUGGCAAGCCCUUUGGCUCCAGCUUACUCUGCAGUACAGAGACGGCGUGAAGGUACCUACUAGUUGUAAAAGUAGCUUCCUUUAUUAAGCCCCUGGCCCUGCUGACACGCACACGACAUGCCCUAGAACUCGAUAUUAAGAAGGGUUGAACUUGAAGAUAACCCAACUAACCCUAACCGUAAGAAGGUUAACUUGUUCAAGCUUCCUAGUACUUUCAUCACGACCAAUCCGACUCAUCUUCACUCAGAAAAACAAAACUUGCAUACUUUCAUCCAGACCUUCACCAGGUUUUGUCCUCCCGUCCUGGUCAUGACCAUGGAGGAAAUGCCAUGGGAGGCGCGGUAGCUGACGUUGUCCAAGGCAGCGGCUUGCCUGGGGAGAACGAGUGGCCAGCGGAAUGGAAAAAGCGCAUAGUGGAAGAAGCCGGCGAUCACUUUCGUUUACGCGUGUGGGAUCGAGGAGAUAGACAUAGAGUUCGAGAUAGAAAAGGGUCGUGAUCGGUCUUAGAAUUAGAAAUAGAAGACAGAGAGUAAGUAGAGGCUUUCCCUUUAAGAGUAACAAGGAGGUCCAUUUUGUCCAUUUUGUCCAUGUCGCAAAAGCAAAAGUUUUUUUGAGCUCCUCUCUAAUUCGUGUUCGCAGUAGCCGCGAUAAGAAGCUGAAAAAGUCGUCGUCCGCACAGGAUCACCAACUCCUGAACUCGCGAAAAGCCCUCAUUGCGUCUGGCAAAGACUAUCGAAACACUGUUGCCACUGGAGCGUUCUUGCCGCCACGAGGAGAAUCGUCGUCUUAUUUUUAAGGCGUCGAAAAUUUCAAAUUGCAUCAAUCUCUUGUCGUAGUUGUGCUAAUAUAUACAACUCACUUACUCAUCUACUUCAUCAUCUUCUUCAUAUUGUACCUGCCUACAAAUACAAAAAGGCUGCAGUUAACGUUUUAAGAAAUAUAAAUUCCUCGAGAAGUUCGAUCACAUUAGAGUCUCCUUCUUACAACUUGUAGGUAGUCGUGUGGUCUGCUGAAUACAGGAACUGAUCAUGUUUCCACCCUGUGCCAGCACUUCUUGUUCUAAAAAGAGGCACCGGACGAGCAAGUUGCUUCACCUACGAAAAAGGGAGAAGAAGCGAAUGCGAUGGCAUGGACAGCUUUGGUGACGGAAGGAACUGCGUUUUUUUCGCGCGCAUGGUCGAGGCUUGUGGCGCCAAUCAAAGGAAAAAGCGUUGUUUUGGAUACGAACGCCGAUGAACUAUACAGCUAG